AAGGGCGAAAGGCGCAGUCAAAGAGAGUCACAUAAAAGGCAGGGCAGUUAGGGGAAGCAGGCAAGGCAAGCGAGUUGGGAGGAGGACCAGCGAGCAACCAGCCCCCCGCCCCCAAUGGCGGCAGCAGCAGCUUUGCCCACCGCUGCCGCUUUUGCCCACCUCUCCUCCGAUUAAUCCCCUCCCCUCCUCUUCCUCCCACUUCUCCGCCUCCUCUUCCUCCCCUCGCCGACCCUACCUACUCGCGCCGCCGCCGUCGCAUUGGGCGGCAAACGGAGGGGGGGUUAACCCUGAUGGAGCAGUACGAGAAGGAGGAGAAGAUUGGGGAGGGCACGUACGGGGUGGUGUACAGGGCGCGGGACAAGGUCACCAACGAGACGAUCGCGCUCAAGAAGAUCCGGCUUGAGCAGGAGGAUGAGGGCGUCCCCUCCACCGCAAUCCGCGAGAUCUCGCUCCUCAAGGAGAUGCAUCACGGCAACAUCGUCAGGUUACACGAUGUUAUCCACAGUGAGAAGCGCAUAUAUCUUGUCUUUGAGUAUCUGGAUCUGGACCUAAAGAAGUUCAUGGACUCUUGUCCAGAGUUUGCGAAAAACCCCACUUUAAUUAAGUCAUAUCUCUAUCAGAUACUCCGCGGCGUUGCUUACUGUCAUUCUCAUAGAGUUCUUCAUCGAGAUUUGAAACCUCAGAAUUUAUUGAUAGAUCGGCGUACUAAUGCACUGAAGCUUGCAGACUUUGGUUUAGCCAGGGCAUUUGGAAUUCCUGUCCGCACGUUUACUCACGAGGUUGUAACCUUGUGGUAUAGAGCUCCAGAGAUCCUUCUUGGAUCAAGGCAGUAUUCUACACCAGUUGAUAUGUGGUCAGUUGGUUGUAUCUUUGCAGAAAUGGUGAACCAGAAACCACUGUUCCCUGGUGAUUCUGAGAUUGAUGAAUUAUUUAAGAUAUUCAGGGUACUAGGAACUCCAAAUGAACAAAGUUGGCCAGGAGUUAGCUCAUUACCUGACUACAAGUCUGCUUUCCCCAAGUGGCAAGCACAGGAUCUUGCAACUAUUGUCCCUACUCUUGACCCUGCUGGUUUGGACCUUCUCUCUAAAAUGCUUCGGUACGAGCCAAACAAAAGGAUCACAGCUAGACAGGCUCUUGAGCAUGAAUACUUCAAGGACCUUGAGAUGGUACAAUGACCCUGCUAUGGCUUUACAUUGGAUUGGCAUAUGUAUGGGCUGGGCUCCUCAUUUCAUUCCUUCUGUGAACGCUGUGCCCUUCGUUUGGGCAUUUUUGUCAUUCAGCUGGAUAUUUCAAAUCUUGUGUGUUUGAUAUGUAUUCAGGAACGCUAAAUAGAUCACCGUCUUGGUCUCUAUUUGUUCAGAGUAAAUAUCUUCCAAUGCUGCCUUUCAGUUUCCA